GAUUCGGACGCCUUGGUUCUCCAUUGGGAUAUUCUCUCUCUAGGCCGACAUCAAGCUCGAGAUUUGGCUGCCGGAACUUGGCAGCCAGACCCUCUCUCUCCCUCCAUUCCGCCUUCACGGCCCCCUCAUCCCUAAUUUACGAGUUCGAUCGGCGAUCCGUUUUUUAAAACAUUGUCUACAGCUUCCACCAUUAAUGGCGAACGAGGGCUGCUCGUCGUCGGGGUGGGAGGCAGAAUCAGAGGAGCUCUAUGGGGCCGAGUCCGGAUGGGUGGAGGCUCGGACAUCAUGUGAUCAUUUGUCUUCGCUCUGUUCUGAUCUCUCUAACAUCCCCGUUCCUGAUUCUCCUUGCACCAGAUGCCACCACCCUGCUGAAAACUGGCUGUGUUUGAGCUGUAAAGAUGUCCUGUGCAGCCGCUUUAUCAACAAACACAUGCUCAGUCAUCAUCAAGAAACGGGGCACUGUCUAGCUCUCAGCUUCAGUGAUCUGUCAGUAUGGUGUUUUGCAUGUGAAGCAUAUCUUGAUGUUCAGAUGAUUUGGCAGUUGCGACCUGUUUAUGAAGUGGCCCAUCUGUUAAAAUUUGGACAGAGGCCACCUUUUCUUGCCAUUGAAAGCCUGCAGUUAAGUACUCAAAAUGAAGGUUCCUCCUCAGGAUCUUAAUCUUCCAGUAUGUAGCUGUCACAGCUCCAGUUGAGGUGAAGAGAGGGUUUCAUUCAUGUCUUCAUCCUUCUUCAGUUAAAAUAGGGAUUUAUGUUUGUUUAUUUAUGUUUGUGUUUAUUCCCAUACUGUAUCAUUUUGUGGGCUAACAGAAAGAUGUGAGAAAUAGUGGAAAAUUUUAGUUCUGUUUGAACAGAGAUGCCAGCAACUGAACUCUAUAUUUCUUUCUUCUUUUCUUGUGUUUUUGCUUUCUCAAAGAGAGUAAAUCAAUAGUGCAAACCUUGAACUAGUGAAGUCACUGGUUUCAUUCCCCAUAUUUGAAUGGAAAUUUCUUCCUGAGAUAA